UAUACAUAACAGUGGUUGGACGAUCUACCUUGCUCUGGAUGUUUGAGCCCCGUGGAGAUAACAUUAGUUGGGUGAGCCACGUGUACUUGGAAAGUGUGAGUUUCAUCUGCGUAACAGUGGUUGGAAGACCCAGCUGCGGCCGGAGGUGUCAGCUCUGUUUGGAUUGUAUGAGCAAUGUUCGAUGAACAGCGGUUGGACGACUCGGGAGUUAUUGGACAAUUCGAGGUUAUGUGCAUAACAUCGGAAUGGACAAUUCAGCAGCGGUUGUACGUAUCGGAAGCCUGUAGAAACAGCAGUUGGUUGGAUACACAGUGAGACAUUGAAACAAGCUCACCUCAGGUUGACACCUAAGCAGUGAAACAGGAAAGAUACAAAUAGUCUACCUGAUGCCACAUUGUGAUGAUUACUUCAAAGGCCUUGAAGCUUUUAGGAGGAGCCUCAGCUACAUAUAUAAGAUUAGUUACACAGACAGUGGAUAAUUCAGUAUAUAUUUGCAGCUGAACCAUGAAGAUGGUCCAGUGCUAGUGUGAUGUACUUUACAAAACAACAAGAAUGAGAAACAAAAGAUAGAAUGUCACAUGACAUUGAUUCAACAUACCAUAACAGAGGCGAAUGGUACUACCAGCAUCACAAUAUGGCCCUAAGAGUUGAGGAAUAUACACAGUUGAGAGAAUCUACACCCUCUCCCUUGCGCAACAUACAGCAGAGAAGGAGGCAUGAAAGAGUCUCUAAUGACAGGCUGUAUAACACAGAGAACACAUAUCAACACCACCUUCUGGUUCCACACAAUGUACCUGUGUAUCCUAGACACCCCCAACCCUUUGACUUAAGAUGUAGGUCUGACAAAAACAGGUUACAACAAGUUAGUCAUGACAUAGGACUGUCACCGAAGACCAAGGUUUACAAUGGACCGCCAACUCGGUACAACAAACGGCCACAAAACGUUUAUCAUGCUCCUACUACAGCAGAGACAUGACCCAUUGUUCUGUCAACUGUAGGCGAAGCAAAGAACCCAAUACAGGCCUUAAAGCUCAAAGGUUGUGUCCCGAAGUCUCCUGUAGCAGCGGCCGCAAUGGUGGUCUUGGUAGCAGCGUCACAUCGGCAAAGAUUGGCAGAUAUGAAAAGAGGUUUUCUUCACAAAGGAGACCGAACAACAGUGAGGAAGUAGACAGUGGCACAUCAGAGGUUCUACACCAUGUCACGGAUACCAAUGAGGAGGCUAACCUACCUAGAGAACCCGGUGCAGAUGAUAGCGGAGAUGAAAGCGUCAACUCCAGCAGUGGAAUCGUGACAAAAGUACCUACAGAACCCAGUGCAGAUGAUAGCGGACAUGAAAGCGUCAACUCCAGCAGUGGAAUCGGGACAAAAGUACCUACAGAACCCAGUGCAGAUGAUAGCGGGGAUGAAAGCGUCAACUCCAGCAGUGGAAUCGGGACAAAAGUACCUACAGAAUCCAGUGCAGAUGAUAGCGGACAUGAAAGCGUCAACUCCAGCAGUGGAAUCGGGACAAAAGUACCUACAGAAUCCAGUGCAGAUGAUAGCGGAGAUGAAAGCGACACAAGUUCCUCCAGUGACUCUGUUCACACUCGCGAUGAGGACAAGGAUGACGGUCACAAUUCUGUACCCAAACAUGUCGCGGAAAGGGUAUCCUCUCCAGUCAAACAUAGUGUACCUAUCAAACAAAAAAGUACCAGAGUGACUGGAGUCCAACAAGACGCUGAUACUGAACCAUGUGUAUCUGCUGAGCCAGAGUAUCAGUAUACAGAGGAUGCUGCCUGUUCUGGGACGGUAUGCACUGUGCCUAAUUCCCCCACGACGCAAACCCAGGAGCCAGACUCUGAUGAGACUCAGACCAAGGAGGAAGUGUCCGCUGAGACUCAGACCCCAGAAUCUGCUGAGACGCAGACCGAGGAGCCAGACUUGGAUGAGACUCAGACCAAUGAGGUAGUGUCCGCUGAGACUGUGUCUGCUGCGACUCAGACCCCAGAAUCUGCUGAGACACAGACCGAGGAGCCAGACUCUGAUGAGACAGACCAAGGACCCAGACUCUGAUGAGACUCAGACCAAGGAGGUAGUGUCUGCUGUACCCAAGCCCCAGUCUACAACUGAACCAUCGUUCCAACAACCUAUUGGUGAAACAUGUGAAAUGUCUCACAAUGUGCCUGAAUAUAGAGUUGACCAUGCAAUUGUAUUAGCUGCGCCCGGGUAUCAAGAUAGGGCUGAUGAAGUUGUCUCUGCGACAGAGCACGUAACCAGGGCCGGGUGUGCUACCUCAAAGGAACCUGAGACUGCCGUGGAUAGCAUCACAGCCAUGUCUGGGUGUGAUACAUCAGAGGAGGUUGAUGCUGCCCUUGAUAGCAUGACAUGUGUCACGGGUACCGAGAGAGUUCCGGAUGAUAUGCUAACCGAGGGGGAAUAUGCAAACGCCUUUCAAGAGUGUGAAGUGUCUCAAUUCUAUUUCCUCCCGAGCCGCAUUUCAGUAGGCCACAGUUGAACGUUGACUCUUGUCCAGGUUCAAUAUUUUCUGCUACAACCGAUCCCCUUCCCACUAUGAUACCACCUUCAAGCGCCAUCUCUAAUGUGGUAACCCAGCCUAAAGAUGUGGAACUCAACGCCUUCAAUGCCUGUAUUGGUGACAUGGACCCUCUCGGGUACCCAGACAACUCCAUGUUUGCUCUUGAGAGGGUCUGUGGUGAAUAUGUAUUUCAACAACAACAUCAGUCGGCACAGCCUCUAGAGGCCCAGCAGGUUGAGGUGCAGCUGGAAACGUUUCAUCAAGUGCCUUGAACGCCGCAGGAGGCCAGGGUCCUACAUCCCGAACAACCAGCAUCUCAAGUGCCUAAAACGUCACAGUAGACUGUUGAUAUACACGGGUUCAAACUCAAGCCAGUGACAUCUUUACAGUCGCAAAGGACAUUGUUCCCCACACCACCACAAUCCGAAGCGGCUGUCACCUAUGAAGAACCCGUGCCUGGUCCCAGCCGAUAUAACCUGGACUACUUUGGUCCAUGUCAUAGCUUUGUUGGCCUCCAGGAUUGGGAUGGAAACAGUAACACCUCACCUGGCCCAGCAACGGGCCAAAGAUGAUAGCAGUUGUCAAUGGCAGGAAUGCCAAUAACAUGUUCACAUGCCCCUCAGAUGGUAAUUCAGGAGGUAAUUACAUCGAUAUUGUUGAGGAGUUUAGCUCCUUCCACAACAGUGGCGAUGAUGGUAUUGGUCUCACUCGCGUGUCCACAACCAUAGAGUAUUACAGUUUCCUUUAAUGUAGAGCAAUGAUGUUUGUAUAUUGUUACCAAUUUCACGUGUGUACGAUUUUAUACCUUACUUUAAUCGACCAUAUUACACCUGAGUAAUGUGUAUACCCUUUUGUACCUACCCUUUUCUACUUUUCUAUCAGCCAACUGUAUAUCUCUAUUGCCUU